AAAUAACCCCUAAAUGAAAUAGUGCUAACAGUUAGUCAUUAUGCCUAUUUGAAGUCACCUGUAGACGGGGAAAAAUACGCAUGGUGUGGUUUCCUGGUUUCAAAUACAUUUCUGACGUCGAGACUUCUGCUGCAUUGCAUAGGGUGCUAGGCUACACCACAGUGUGAAGCUUCUAAUUCAAACGCACAGUGAGGGCAGCGAAGACGAAGGAGGAGUUGAACACAAGCUCCGACCAAAAACUUCCCUUGUCAAUGUCUAUGUGGGCCUCGCGGUGUGCAGGACGUCUGGGACAGAAACACUUCGGAUUGUAAAAAUAAACUAAAGUUUGUGACUAACUAAAGAGAGGAGCAUGUACAGUCAAACACGGAGACAUUCAUUUGAGCUGUUAUUCAAGUGUGUAACGGUUAGUUAAAAUAAUGGAAAUUGGGGAAGUAUGGUUUUGCGUGUUAUUGAACGACUUGGAGAGCGCGCACCUACGGAAAGGGUAACGACAUGCAAACGGAUUGGGAGAGGAGGACACUGGUGAAGAAGUGACUAUUUAAUUCCACAAAGAAAUUGUGAGAGAAUUGUGACAGGUAUGAAUAACGGAACGAUAAAAGAUGGGCCCCGAGAGCCUACUAUUCCGGUGAUUAUGUUUAUUUUAGGAGUGGUGGGGAAUGUAAUCGCCAUCGUGGUGCUCCGAAAGUCUCGGAAAGAACAGAAGGAGACCACCUUCUACACGCUGGUGUGCGGGCUUGCAGUGACCGACCUUUUGGGCACGCUGCUGGCCAGCCCCGUCACCAUCGCCACCCGUGUGCAAGGGAAGUGGCCGGGAGGAGAGUCACUGUGUCAGUACUCCGGCUUCAUCCUUCUCUUCUUCUUUCUGGUCGGCCUCAGCAUUAUCUGUGCCAUGUCCAUAGAGAGAUACUUGGCCAUAAAUCAUGCAUAUUUCUACAACCAUAACGUGGACCAAAGACUUGCUGCGUUGACGCUUGCGGGAAUCUACAUCUCCAACGUGCUGUUCUGCGCGCUGCCUGCCAUGGGACUCGGUAAGGUGAAAAAGCAGUUCCCAGAGACCUGGUGCUUCAUCGACUGGCGGACUAACGACUCCACGCACGCCGCCUUCUCCUAUAUGUAUGCCGGGGUGAGCUCUUUCCUCAUCCUCACCACGGUCAUAUGCAACGUGCUGGUGUGCGGGGCGCUGAUUAUGAUGCACAAGCGGUUCAUCCGCAGGACAUCGCUGGGUACGGAACAGGGAGGUCGCAUAGCUGUCCUCAGGCGCAGACGGAGCUUCCAACGCAUGGCGGGCGCAGAGAUCCAGAUGGUCAUUCUGCUCAUCGCUACCUCUGUGGUGGUUCUCAUCUGCUCCAUACCUUUAGUGCUGCGGGUGUUUGUGAACCAGCUGUCUAUGGUUGCGUUCGACGCCCAUUCAACUCCCCUGGAGAAGAACCCAGAUCUCCACGCCAUCCGCAUUGCCUCCAUCAACCCUAUCCUGGAUCCCUGGAUCUACAUCCUGCUGAGGAAGACUGUCCUGCUGAAGCUGGUGGAGAAGAUCAAGUGUCUGUUCUGCCGUAUGGGCUGCCGGGGGCGGGGCUCAGGGGUCAGGGGUCAAUUUCGCUGCGGAGGUGAAGGUCAUCCGAAUUCGUCCAUCGUAUCCCGGGAUUCGCCGUCGCUGGUGUCCCGCGAGCUGAGGGAGGUCAUCAGUACUUCACAGACGUUUCUUUAUUUGCCGGAGGGGACCGGGGGGGGGUCUAGAGGGACAGGGACAGGGGGAGAGGGAAGACCCAGCCCCCCGGCUGUGGAGUGCUCCCUGCUACAGGACCAACAGACACCAGGGGGGAAGGGGAUGCAAAAUGAUUUCGAAAAGGGCACUUUAGGCCCCAGUAUAUCAAUGAGGACAGAUGGGACAGUUGAUCCUUCACCUCUGAACAGGGUGCCAUCGGUCAGAAAAGACAAGACUCUACAUGUGACGUUUACAGACGAGACACUGAACUUACAGGAGAAAUGCAUCUGACGGACACAAACACAAACUUAGCUAGAGUGGCGGAUAACACAGAAAAGUCACAGAGGGGAAAAAGGACGUCUAAUAGCCUUAAAGGUUGGGACUUCUGAAGGGUUAAACUCAUAAGGAAAAUGUUUCCCUGUGUCAUGUUUGUACUAUUAUAAAAACAACCACAUGAAGCAAAUAAGCUCCUAGCUGAAGCAUGAUGUCCUGUUUAGGGUUCGGUCAAAAUGUUACAUGGUGCCAAUGUGGAUUGUAUGAGAUUGGAUCUAUUUACAUAGAUCAUAUAUUGGAUCUAUUAUAUAUGUCACAUUCUUAUUACAAGAAUACCAAUAUAAUAUACAUAUACCAGCACACACAUCUGUAAUGAACAUAAAAUGUAAUUUCACCUUUAUAAAGACAAUAAGGAGAUUUCAUUGAACUUUUCAAAAACUCAAACCCACUGAAAGGCACUAAAUGCUACCAUGCUAUCAUAGUGCUAUCUGAGAUCCUUGGGACGUCCCCACCCCCUAAACCCUAACUAAACCAGAACAUUUACCUAAUCAUGACCUUAACAUUUUAAACAUUUUAAACAACAAAGGGGUAGGGACAUCCCAACAAUCCCAGAUAGCGAGGACCACUACUUACCACUGGCCUCCACCAAUACAAUUGUUGUGAUACACUGUAUAAUCCUGAGGCUACAAUGUGAAUUGUGUCCCAUAACAUCAAUUUAUUUCAGAAAGAAAAAAUACAUGUUUCUUCUCUGUGAGAAGGUCUAGCUAGUUUGUAUCCAUGUCAAAUUGCUACAAAAUGGAUUGAAAUUGUAUGUUAUAUUUCAACAUUUGCAUCAUAUUGGUUGACUUGGCAGUUUCAAAACAAUGCCUGAAGUAUAAAAAUACAGCAAAACUAUUGAGCAUAUAAAUCCCAUGCAAAAGACUCAAAACAACAAAAACAAACAAAAGACCCAUUUCAGCCCAUAAGAUCCAUUCUAGUCCAUAAGAUCCAUUCUAGCCCAUAAGAUCCAUUCUAGCCCAUAAGAUCCAUUCUAGUCCAUAAGAUCCAUUCUAGUCCAUAAGAUCCAUUCUAGCCCAUAAGAUCCAUUCUAGCCCAUAAGAUCCAUUCUAGUCCAUAAGAUCCAUUCUAGUCCAUAAGAUCCAUUCUAGCCCAUAAGAUCCAUUCUAGUCCAUAAGAUCCAUUCUAGUCCAUAAGAUCCAUUCUAGCCCAUAAGAUCCAUUCUAGUCCAUAAGAUCCAUUCUAGCCCAUAAGAUCCAUUCUAGUCCAUAAGAUCCAUUCUAGCACAUAAAUCCUUAGAGACAGAUCAUAGUCCCCGUGCUUUGACCAACUGAUCCUGUGAUGAAGAGGCUAUGUCCCCUGACCCCGCCUCCUCCACAGUUACCUCUCUAGAAUUCCCCUCAGCGUCGACAACCACAACUGUCCUCUUCAGUUCCUCAUAGCGUCUCUGUCUCUCGGCUACGGCAGCGCAGGCCACCACCUCGUUUGACUAAAAGUUGUUGUCCUGCUGGAGCUCUGGAGGGUUCAGGACAUCCCGUUGGGCCUCCUCCUCCCGCUGGGUCUGGUUCUGGGCUGUCCAUCUCUGCUGCAGCAGCUGCUGCACCCACGCCAGGUCAUCCGACCAGAGGGGGCGCUCUGACGGACACAGGUGGACCGCUACCUGGAAGGACCUCACCGCCUGUUGACAAGACGAAGACCUUUGUGCUAUUUUCCUUUCUGUUAACAUCUUUUUAUUGAUUUAAGAUCAACACAAAUGACUGGUAAUGAAGGACAAUAAUUGUUGUGGGGAAGAUGAAGUAUAAAAAUCCAGCAAGACUAUUGAGCAUAUAAUUCCAUGCAUUUCACUGUUACUUGUACUGAUCUUGUACAGAUAGGAUUUUAAUUUGACCUGUAGCAAAAUAAUCGCAGCAAAAUAAUCCUGCAGCAACAGGAUUUGGACGUUUAGUCCAUAAUGUUGCCUAAUCGAUGGUUAGGCUAUUAGUUGGUCAAAAUGAGGCUACAUGAAAAGUGGAAUAUUAUUAAUAUAACCAUGUGUUAGUGUGCGUGUUCAGUGAAUUGAUGUAAAUCACAAAGAUUCUAUGCAUUUCGUGCAGCGCAAAAGAGUGAUCAAAUUAAGAUCCUACAGCUUGUAUGGUUGAAAUAACAAAGAGGAUUUACAUUGCUGUUGUCUUUUGUUCAAAUGACACUUUAUAGGUGUAUGGCAUUACUUUCCCCCAAUUAAAUGAUAUCAGUGAACUGAAA